UAAAAAUUUGUCAAAUCAAUACAUAUUCAGCUAAAAACUAAAGCAACUUAAUUAUAAAGCGAUCGCAUAAAAAACUUCAGCUUAUUAUCCAUCGAAAACAUGGAUUCUUCCUUCUUUCAAAGCCAAAAUUCAGACUCCUUGCUAGAAUUUCCACAAGGUUUGCUUGAGUCUUUCUCAUCCAAUAUUAAUCAUGAGCCUUUCCUCGACCAAGAUUUCCUCUCAUUUGACAUAAUAGACUCCCAAGAUCAGUUGUCUCCUCAAGAUACUUCACUUUCUCAUCAUAGGUCAAGAGAAUCAUCAGGCUCUUCCAGUUGUGGGUUAAUUGAUGAAGAAACACAUGUAGUAGUUUCCACUUCCAGUGCCAACAAACAAGAAGAAGAACAGCAAUCCAAGAAGGAAAAAUCAUACAGAGGGGUAAGGAAGCGACCGUGGGGAAAAUACGCGGCGGAGAUAAGGGAUUCGACAAGGCAUGGCAUUCGGGUUUGGCUUGGAACGUUUGACAGCGCCGAGGCAGCUGCUUUAGCUUAUGAUCAAGCAGCCUUAUCGACACAAGGGCCCAGAGCUGUGCUCAAUUUUCCCAUUGAAAGAGUCCGGGAAUCGCUUCGAAACAUGAAUUACUACUGCCAGGAUGGUUCCUCACCAGCCGUAGAACUAAAAGAGAGGAAUUAUUUACAAAGAAAAAUGACCACCAGGACAAACAAAAAGAAGCAGUCAUCACAAGCAAAGAAUAAUGUGGUGGUGUUAGAAGAUUUAGGAUCCCAUUACUUAGAGAAACUUUUGAGCUCAUCAGAAAGUACCAGCUCUCGGUAAAAACAAAAUUAGCUUAUCAUUUUGCAACUAUGUCUGGUAUCAUAGACGCCUGUCUUGCCACCAUUUUUUUUUUCUCUUCUUUUCUCCUUAAUUCUUAUCCAAUAAUUGCCAAGGUAGUUGUAAUUGCCUUUUUUUCCAUAUUGUCCUGGGUUAUUUAGCCAAUCUUGAUUUGGACUGUAAUUGGAAAUGAAAAAGUGUCACACUUGGACAUGGAGUUAGAAUUAUUUACUAUAUAUUUUCUUAUUGGAUAAGGAAUUAUAAGUAAUGUUGUGGUAUAUAUUAACUAUCAUAAUUCAAGCCUUAAUUAGUUCUGGAUUUGGGACUUUGGUCAUAUUUCAGAAUUUAUACUCAUUAAUAAAACACAGCCCACAACUCAAAGUUCAAACGUGGCACCUCAGAACUGUCAAGAUUGCCGGUAGUCAAGGUAGUCAGGCUCACCUUAUCGUUUUCUAAAAUAUCAACCUCUUGUUAAGUGCAGAAAAAGGAGAAAAAACAAAGAUGAGGAUCACUGCUGACAAGUCAAGUGUUAAUGCUACCACCAUAUGCAUAUAUUCAAACAUGGACAUUUUUCGAUGAAUGACGAUGAUUUCGGCUUUCAAUUUUUGUUGUAUUCCUUUCGUUUUCAAUAAAAUUUUCUCCCUUUGUUGAUCCGCACAAUCAUCAAAUCUCAAGGGGAUGGCGUAAUGGAGAGCACUUUCAACGUGUCAGAAAAGCAGAAACGGUUGAGAGGCA